AUGGGCAGUGCACGAGCGGACGUCGAGCUCCAAGACUUUGGAAACAUCUUCAGCUUGGAAGGUAAAGUUGCAGUUGUAACUGGUGGCAGUCGAGGACUUGGACUUCACGUGGCAUCAGGAUUCCUCCAAGCAGGCGCAAGCAAAGUGUACAUCACCUCACGCAAAGCCAAAGCGUGCGAAGAAGCCGUCGCAGCCCUGAAUGCGCUCCCCAACAAACGACCUGGCGCCAUCGCCAUCUCCGUCCCCGCUGACGCCUCAAAGGUCUCUGAGAUCGAGCGCCUGGUCGCCGAGGUCUCCAAAACCACCGACCACGUCGACAUCCUCUUCGCGAACGCUGGCGCCUCGUGGGGUGCUCCCUUUGACACACACCCGGACAACGCAUUCAGCAAAGUCAUGGAUCUCAACGUCAAGAGCGUCUUCUACUCAGCGCAGAAGUUCGCCCCAUUGUUGGAGAAAAGAGCGUCAGUCAAGAACCCCAGUCGUAUCAUCAUAACGGCUAGUGUUGCUGGGCUAGGCGUCGGCACUCUGGGAGAGAACGCUACAUUCUCGUAUUCCGCGUCCAAGGCAGCAGUGAUCCAUCUGGCAAAGAACCUCGCAGUCGAUUUGGGUCCUAGAGGUAUUUUGACCAACGCCAUUGCGCCCGGUUUCUACCCGACCAAGAUGGCUUCAGGAUUGAUGGAGCUUCAGGGUGGUCAGGCGGCACUGGCGGCGGAAGUACCAAACAAGCGACUGGGACUACCAGAGGAUAUCGCCGGUCUGGUCGUGUUCUUGUCUAGUAGGGCUUCAAGCCAUAUUAAUGGAGCCGUCAUCACAACUGAUGGCGGUUCCUUGCUUUCCAGGGGAAAGUUGUAA